AUGGCCGACGACGGCUUCUUCCCGGUCUGGACCUCGGUCUACCUCGUCGUGCUCCUCAUCUCGCUAACUGCCACGUCCCUCGCUGUGUGGUCGCUCAAGCGGUCGCUCUGUGCCAUCCAGUCGUGUGUCUACUAUGCGACGCUCUGGUACUUUGUGUGGAAGUCGCUCUUUGCGCUGUCGCGGACCGCGCUCAUGUGUGCGUUCCUCGCCGAGUUCCGCGCGCCCUCGUCGCCGUGGCUCAACCGCACCGCGGCCAACGACGUGGGUGGCCUGCGGCUGCUUGGCCAGCGCACGUACAAUGCGACGGGCGACUCGAGCAUUCCCGUCCCGACGUACGUGGUGUGGAUCUUGUUCCUUGGCGACGCAGCGUUACUUUCGGGUGUUCUAUGGAUGCUCAUCUUGGUCCUCGAGCUUACGCGCCUCGCGAAGAAGACAAUGGACCGCGGACCGCUUCGUGAGAAGCAAGUGCGCCGCAACUACCUCGUCUCGACGACGCUCAUCGUUGCGCUCUACUUUGUCCUCUGCCAAGUGCUCUCGAAAGGCGGUCUCUUCUCCAACAACACCAAGCUCAUCAACAUCGUUUCCAACAUCAUGCAGACCAUCGUCAUCAUCGCGGUCGCGUUUGGGUACCUCGAAAGCACCACGCAAGCGCUCAUGCCAUUGUAG